UGUUUCUGUAGCGGUUCGGACGGACGCUUCGCGACGUUCGCUUGGCCCGCCGCUCGGUUCGCUUGGUCGCAGUUUUGCUGUUUCGCAGUUCCGCCAUUUGCCAUUUGCCGUUUGCCGUUUGCCGUUUCUUAUUUAUUAUUGUUUUUUUUUCUUCAUUUUCACUCGAAUCGGUGUGUGUUUUUUCUGACCGUGUACGUGUGAGCGAUUGUCCAAGUGCCAGUGCGAGCGGUCUCCCUCUCUCGGCUUGCCUUUUUCGCUGCUAAAAUGCAAAGAACACGCUCGAGAAACGUAAAUGGCGCCGCGCUAACGAAUGGAAUUGGAAUAUCAAACAGUGCCCCCCAAAGGCCCAUAUAAAAAAAUAAAAUUAAAAUAAAAAUAAAAACACAUUAGAUAAAACAUCGAGAAGAAGAAAAAAAUACGACAAACAACAAACAAACUUCGUAUUGCCCCUGCGCUUUUUUUUCGGGUGUGUGUUUUGUGCCAGUGCUUGUGCUUUUGUGUAAAAAAAAGUUUGAAGCAACAAACUAAAAACGCGGUCGAGAAGAAUUAUUAUAAGAGAAGCAACAACAAAUGAACACUUGCUGGAAGAUGAAUGGCAGAGCAACAACACAAAUUAAAGCUACAACAAGAAAGUGAAACAAAACAACAAAAUACCUCCAGCUGUACAAAUAUUGAUUGAUAUUGAACAACUUAAAAAGAGAAAUAAACACACAAUUAUAAAUAAUCAAAAUAAUCCGAAAGCUAAAGCAAAGAGCAAACGGAAAAUAAGAACUAAAUAAAAUGAAAAUUAUGUUCACUUCCCCAAAAAACCCGUCCAAUUGAAAAUAAUACCAAAAGUGUUUUUGAAAUUUUUGAAUAUUUGAACAAAUACUAAGGAAAAUACCGCUCAAAUGCGAGAGUAAAACUAUGAAAAUAUCGGAAAAUACCAAGUGAACUGAAUCAAACGCAAAACAAAUACUGCAAUUUGAAAUACAGUGGCGAGCAAAAUUGAGUGCAUGUUCACGACGCAUACUUUCGUCACCCACAAAAUCAUAAUCACAGCAGAAAAUCCAAAAGAGUUUUUUGUUUUAUAUUGAUUAUUUAAUUCUUAAUAAAUUCUAAGCAAAAACAAUGAUGAUACAGAUGAAUUCGAAGAAACUAAAAGUAGUAACGAAAAAACCCCGCAUAAACUCAAUUUUGCACGUUUCAAAAAGUUUUAAUUAUUAAAAUAAUAUUAACAUUUCGUCCAAAGACCUUUAUAUGAUAUGACUUCCUGUACGCGGUUUGGCAUGCUUUCUACCAAAUUUUCAAUUAUGUCUUUAGGAAUACGACUCCAUUCUGCUUCAACACGCUCCCAAAGGUUGGCCAUGUUUGAUGGAGCUGCUUCGUACUGCCCGAGCCGUCUUUUCACGAUUGACCAAAGAUUUUCAAUGGGAUUGAGGUCGGGACUUUGUGCUCGCCACUCCAUCAAUUUAAAAUUUUGCUUUCCAAUCCAUUCCUUAACAAUUUUCGGAGUGUGCUGCGGAUCCCCAUCUUGUUGAAAAACAAUUUCUGUUUCGGGAUAAGCACAUUUUUCAAUAAAAUUGGUAAGAUUGGUUUGAAAAAUUUGUAGGUAGUCCUCUUUCCGCAUAAUACCGUCUAUUAAGUGCAGAGGGCCAACAUGCCACCGUGUGAAGCAUCCCCAAACCAUUAUAUUUCCACCACCAUGUUUUACAUUUUGUUUAACAUGGUGUCUCUGUAUUUUUUCUCCGGGUCUACGCCAGCAGUAUUGUUUUCCGUCAGACUGAAAACGGUUAAAUUUUGACUCGUCAGACCAAACAACACGUUUCCAAUCGUCAAGAGUCCAACUUUUGUGUGGCCUUGCAAAUUUCAAUCGCGCUGUAACAUUUCUAUCGGAUAAUGCAGGUUUGUUUUUUUUUACACUUGAAAUAUAUCCGAUGUCUCGCAGUGCUCUUCUAGCAGUCCAUUCGCUUACAUUCUUGUUAAUAGCCAAAAAAGCACCCUUUGGUGUUAGAAGCUUGUUCCUUCUCAUCUUAGACAUCAUUAGUCGAGCAUCUGACUCCUUCAAUAGUUUUUUACGACCUGCGACUUGCGCUUUGGGAGUCACAUUCCGUCUCUUUUGAACUGCGAUUACCGCCGGUUGGCUUAUACCAAGCCUCUUGGAAAUUGCACGUGAAGUACAACCAUUCUCGGUCAGGCUUACAACAUUAUUUUCAAUUGCUUCAGAUAAUUUUCUCAUUUUUAUGCUCGAAAAUUGUUUAUAAUUACAAGCAAGUUCAAAAACACUUUGCUUAGUCCGAAACACGUUUUAAUCUGCGCUACGAACAUCAAAAAUAAUACGAAAACAAAUAUAAAGGUGAAUUCUGCAGAUUUAUGCUGAUAAGAGAAGUAAGAAAGCGAAAAUAGGUGAAAAAGUGCCAACGUGCAAAAUUGAGUUUAUGCGGGGUUUUUUCGUUUUUACUUUUAGUUUCUUCGAAUUCAUCUUUAUCAUCAUUGUUUUUGAUUAUAAAUUAUUAAGAAUUAAUUAAUCAAAAUAAAACAAAAAACUCUUUUGGAUUUUCUGGUGUGAUUAUGAUUUUGUGGGUGACGAAAGUUUGCGUCGUGAACAUGCACUCAAUUUUGCUCGCCACUGUAUAUACUGUUAUUAUUUUUUUUUUCGUUUUUUUUCCUCUUGCUAAGUAAAGUACAAAGAAUCACAAAGAAAUAGAAAAAAAUAACGGCAAAGAUAACAAAGCAAAUUGCAACUGCAGGACAGCAACAACAACAAACCGCAUGGAUGCAAAACAAAGUAAUGCAAAAUAAAUAAUUCGCCAAUACCAACGCACAGCAGAGAGAGUAAGAGCGAGACGGAUAAAUAAACAAACCGCGUCGACGAGUGCGAGAGAGAGAGCGAGCGAAAAGCUUCAUGCAGAAAAACAAGAAACAGCGCAAAACAUCUGGAGAACAUGGAGGGCGCCAGUCGCAGCAGGAACUCCUCCGCGGGUCAGAGUCAAGGUCGCGGCCAGGAUAUUGAGGAUCUCAAGCAAGACAUUCCCUACUUCGACGAGCCGGCGGCCCUCGAUGCCGAUCUCCUUGUUCUGGGCAAAAGCGAGUGCCAACUGGACGAGCUGACCUGGGAUCCCGAGGCGGAUGUGGAUGCGGAUCCACCGCUAGAGACGGCCCAGCCCGUCGAUCUCGAGGAGGACAACUAUCCGGAUGAGAACGAGAGCUCGGUGCUGGGCAGCGAUUAUGCGCCCAGUGGUAGUGGCAGUGGUGCGAAUAGCUUUUACCAGUCGCCCACUCCCUCCACCGCCGGCUCCGGAUGCGAUCUGAUGCUCCGUCCGCCCUCCAGUUCCAUGUACCACUUCAACUACCGAUCGCCGGGUAGUCCAUUGCCCGUGGCGAUAUCGGGUGGCGGAGGAUCCGGUUCGCGAGGUCUGCAUCCGUUUGCACAUUCCCCGGCUCUUGGCACAGUGCCGGGCUUCUAUCCCAAUAUGUGGUAUCCGAAUGCACCGUACGGCUCGGGAGGAUCCGGCGGAGGAGGAGGAGGAGGAGGAGGAGGAGGAGGAGCAGGAGGAGGAUCAGGAGGCGGAGCCGUGCCCGGUGGCAGGUACAUGGGCUACGGAGCCGGCGGCAGUGUGCCCAGUUCGGGAACAGGACCGGGGUCCAUUCAAGGAGCAUAUCCUGGGCACCCGGCCCACCUGCAUGCGAUGCACCACCCAUAUCCGCAGCCACAUCCGCACGCGCACCCCCCGCAGCAUCCGCAUCAUAUGGCACAUCCGCACCACCAGCAUCCGAACGAGACCAUGAUGGAGAUGUUUCAGCUCUCGAAUAGUGGUCGGGAAGCGCGAAAUCGUGCGGAGAAGAAUCGGCGGGACAAACUGAACGGAUCCAUCCAGGAACUAUCCACAAUGGUGCCCCAUGUGGCGGAGUCCCCUCGUCGAGUGGACAAAACAGCCGUGUUGCGGUUCGCCGCCCAUGCACUGCGAUUGAAGCAUGCUUUUGGCAACAGUCUGAUGCAACAGCGACCGCAGAUCACGGACACUCUGAUGGACAUGCUGGACAGCUUCUUCCUCACCCUCACCUGCCACGGCCACAUCCUGCUGAUCUCGGCCAGCAUAGAGCAACACCUGGGCCACUGUCAGUCGGACCUGUACGGCCAGAGCAUCAUGCAGAUCACCCAUCCGGAGGACCAGAACAUGCUCAAGCAGCAGCUGAUCCCCAACGAGCUGGAGAACCUCUUCGACGCCCAUGGCGAUGCGGAUGCAGAAGGUGAGCCCCGCCAGCGGAGCAAGUCCGAGGAGGACGCCAUCGAUCGCAAGUUGCGCGAGGACAGACGAAGCUUUCGAGUGAGGUUGGCUCGUGCGGGUCCCAGAUCGGAACCCACCGCCUACGAAGUGGUUAAGAUCGAUGGAUGCUUUCGACGCAGCGACGAGGCUCCCCGCGGCGUACGAUCCAAUCAUGUCAGCUCCAAUCUGCAGUUAAUCAGAAGGACUCGCGGUCGUGAUGAUGUCAUUCCCCUGCAUACCAUCAGCGGUAACGAUAUCAUUCUGACAGCCUGUGCGCGAAUUAUCCGUCCGCCGAAGAUCGCCAGUCGCCUGAUCGAUGCCAACACGCUGGAGUAUAGGACCCGCCACCUGAUCGACGGCAGGAUCAUCGACUGCGAUCAAAGGAUAGGAAUCGUGGCCGGCUACAUGACGGAGGAGGUGCGCAAUCUCAGUCCGUUCACCUUCAUGCACAACGACGAUGUGCGCUGGGUGAUCGUGGCCCUGCGGCAAAUGUACGACUGCAAUAGUUCGUAUGGCGAGUCCACCUACCGACUGUUCACCCGAAACGGCAACAUCAUCUACCUGCAAUCGAAGGGCUACCUGGAGAUCGACAAGGAGACGAACAAGGUGCACUCCUUUGUCUGCGUAAACACGCUGCUGGGCGAGGAGGAGGGCAAACGGCGGGUCCAGGAGAUGAAGAAGAAGUUCUCGGUGAUCAUAAACACCCAGAUACCGCAGUCGACCGUCGAUGUGCCGGCCUCCGAGCAUCCGGCUCUGUUGGAGAAGGCUGUGCUGCGGCUUAUCCAGAAUCUGCAAAAGUCCGGGGAUGAUGGCGGUCAUGAUGAGGGCGAUGAGGAUGACGAGGCGGAGGAUGAGGACGACGACGAGGACGACGAUGAUGAUCAGGAUGAUGGGUCGCGCAGCAUGUUAGAGCACGGCGAUCACUAUGGCAGCCAUCAUGGUCGGUCGCAUCAUGGUUCCUCGGCUCUAUCCUCCCACAGACAAGGUAGCUCCAAGACACCACCCCUGGCACUGGUUCCACCCGAAACAUCCUCCGUGAAGUCCUCGAUUUCGAAGAGCAUCAGUGUGGUCAAUGUGACGGCGGCUAAACAUCUGCGCAAUGUCCAUGGGUCGGCGGCCAAGUCGCCUAGCUCCCUGGGCAGUUGCACCUGCAGCGAAUCCCAUGCGCCCUGUGACUUCUGUCAAGGUCCACCCACGCCCGAUCCCCAGGCCGUUGGGUCCGCCCUGAAGAGGAGCAGCACUGUGCUGGCCGAGACCGAGGAAAGGAUCGCCAAGCGGCGCUAUAUACCCAGCACUGAGAUCGAGCACGUGCUACACACAUCUCUGGACCAAAUCGGCCGAAAUCUGACCCAACAACUCAACCAGGCCAGGAACUUGCGGGAACAGAGCCAGCGAUACGAGUUGCCCCAUGCCGAGCAGCGAUUCGAUGAGAUCAUGCAGGAGCACCAGAAACAAAGCGAGCUGUAUGUGAACAUCAAGAGCGAGUACGAGGUGCAGUUGCAGAACAAGGCCGGCAACCGGAAGUCAUCGGAGUCGGAUCGAAACCAGGAGGAGGACAAGGACUAGAGAGGAAGAAGGAGAGCUAGAUCGGCUCUUGACUGAAGGGUUUCAUCGAUGUGAUAACUACUGUCCUGGCAGCCAGCUCAAGUCCCAGAAAGCGUAGUGUCCCGAAAGGAAAGCAAAUUAAUGGAAGAAAACUGGUCAACUAAUGGUUAAUGAUUGACCAUCGGUUAAUGGGUAACUGCUGCAGAACAGAUACAGAUACGGAUAGAUAACCUUUAACCCCAACCUAUGAGUGAGCCUGACAAAGCACACGCACACACGCACCCACACACACACACUGUGUAUUCAGUUUGUUGUUUUUAACUUCAUGUACCACGUAGGGAGGACUUUUUACAUGCAUGUAGAGCUAGUUACCAGUGUAAAGUGUAGUUGUUUCCGUUUCCGGUUUGUUUUCGAAUGCUAAAAAAAAGUUGUAUUUAUUAUGUUUUUAAAAUUGGGCUACCCAUUUAAUUUUAUUAUCAAAGUUACGAAUUUUUAAUCGCUGAUUGUAGAACAAAUAUAAAAGAAAAAUCAAAAUAGAUCCAAUAUUGAAGACGGAAACGGAAACAAACUCUGACAAAAGAUAAUGACUAGCGUAAAUGGGAGGAUUUAAACAAUUAUUAGGCUAAAUCGUAAUAUACAUUAAAUAUACUAUAUAUACCUAUGUACCAUACGUUGUGCGUAACGCGCAUAGCCCAAAACUAAACGUGAUAAAAGACUGUUACCAACUACAUACACACACAUACUACACACAUGGAAACACCCGUAAAUCUAAAACUAAAACGUAAACUUAAUUCGGUAUAGUUUCGUAUAUAUAUAUAUAUAAAUUGAAAUAUUCACACGCCCAAAAGCAAGGGGCGUGGCAUAGUUAAAUUAAAUUUACUGUACGAACACUUUUUAUAGAUGUUUAAUGUUGUUAUGCUAUAAGAUAAAUCCGGAUGAGUUGCUGGAUUUUGGCCAAGCACGGUGCACCAACAAUUGCAAGUGAGCCAAGUACAAUUUACACAGAUAUAUACAUACUUAGAUGCAUAUAUGGUUCGAUGUAAACUUAUAAAUCGACGUGAAAACAAGAAAAGAAAAUUGAAAAGAAAAACCUACACACAAAAACCAGAAAAAGCCUAGGCAAAAAAUAAGAGAACUCUGUUAAAUGUUUGUUAUGCAUUUGUUUUUUUUUAUCUAAAUUAAUAUUAAACUAAUGUAUUAGUGAAUAAACUUGUGUACCUACAUACAAAACAAUGAUAAAACAUU